CCCCACCGGUGCAGGACUCAAAAUCGGGAGUGGACUCGGAUGAUGUAGUCAACAACACAACACAGCUUUGCUUGACUUCUCUGUAUCGGGCCGAGUCAGGGGUAACUCAGAAAUUAUAUCGGGCAGGCUACCUCAUAAUAGUUUCUUGUUCUUAUGAAGUUAAAUUGCUGGCUAUGGGCUCAUCUAGAUAUUUAGUGAAAGGGUUAGUUUAGUACAAGUGAAAAAAAUCCUUGAACAGCAUCAACGUCAAAUUAUAUCGGGUAUAAUCGAAACACCAGAUAAUUUCCUUCAGUGUCUCCGCGUUUUCGUUCCAGUCGUGUUUUAUUUUUUCGUUUAUUAUCUUAAAAGUUAAAACCUCGAAAAACGGUGUGGUAAAAAAUUCCAACCCCCUCUCGUUCGUUUCUUCCAGUUUUAAGCUUUAAAAAACCGGUCCAGGAUUGAUACAUCCAGGCCGUAAGCACGGUUUACUAGUUAGAGACUUCCGUUUCUUGUUCCAGUAGAAUUCGUGCUCAAUAAGUUGGAGUCUCCGGUUCACAUGAUCGAGUACAAAGUGAAGUGAAGUGAAGUGAAGUCUGUCUUUCUUUGUUUUCUUUUUUUGGUUCUCUCUCUGCAGUUCUUCCAGUUAGAUUAAUUUCUUCUCUUUUUUUGAGAAAUUAAUUCGAACAUGCUGCAAUCAGGGUAUGAUAUCAAUAGUCUGUUUGAAGAAGCACAAACGCGGUGGCUGAAACCAGCAGAAGUGAUUUUUAUUUUACAGAAUCAUGAUAAGUAUCAGUUCACAGAGAAACCACCUCAAAAGCCAACCAGUGGGUCUUUGUUUCUAUUUAAUAAGAGGGUUCUUAAGUUCUUUAGAAGAGAUGGUCAUAAUUGGCGUAAAAAGAAGGAUGGAAGAAGUGUUGGAGAAGCACAUGAAAGGCUUAAGGUUGGAAACGUUGAGGCUUUAAAUUGUUAUUAUGCUCAUGGCGAGCAAAACCAAAAUUUUCAGAGACGCAGCUAUUGGAUGCUGGACCAGGCAUUUGAGCACAUCGUGCUUGUCCAUUAUAGAGACAUCACUGAGGGAAAACCGUCUCCUGGAUCUGCUGCACAGCUAUCACCCAUAUUCUCUUAUAGUCCUGGCACUAAUACUAGUCAGACUCAAGGAUCUACCUCUGCAAUUAGUAGUGUAUAUGAACCAUACCAGAGUUUUUCCAGUCCAGCAUCUGUAGAUGUUAGCUCUGGAUUAGGUAUCAAGGACAAUGAGGUGGGUAGGACAGCAGAGUUUACUAGUUCUGCUAAUAAGGAGGUUACUCAAUUUUUCCGAAGGCUGGAGGAGCAGUUGAGUUUGAAUGAGGACAGCGCUGAAGAAAUUGGCCCAUUUGGUGCUGAAGAGGGAGCCAUAAAUGAUACAAAAAUUCUGGAAUAUGUAAAUAACAUCUCCAAAGAGGAUCAAUCUAAGAAUUUACUUCAUGGAUCACUGUAUAUUGUUGAUUAUCAAUCUUAUGGUGGACUUGCUGGAAAUCAACUAGAGAGAAACAAUCUUGCACCUCUUCAGGAUGCAGGUGAUAGUGGCGCUUACCAGCAACCAUAUUCACAUUAUUAUACAGAUGGAAGUGAAGAACCCCUUCCCUGGAAUGAAGGGAUUGAGUCCUAUAAGACUUCAUCAGGCAUUGAGUACCAGGAAAAGACCAAGUCCUCUUUAAGUACAGAACCAGCUCAAGAGCAAGAAAACUCUUAUUGGAUAAAUUUCAAUGAACCCAAUGUCAGAAACUCUUCUUUGUUGCUGCCUCAAGAAGUUGAAAAUUUUGAACUCCCUGCAUAUUCUUCUGUGAUAGAAACACAUGAAAACAAUUCCAACUUCUAUGCAAUGCUAUAUGACCAAGACCAUCUUGGAAUACCCAAUGAAGCAGAUUCAAAUUUGACAGUUGCACAGCAGCAGAAGUUUACUAUCCAUGAAAUAUCCCCAGAAUGGGGUUAUGCCACUGAGGCUACAAAGGUCAUCAUUGUUGGAUCGUUUCUCUGUGACCCAUCGGAGUCUUCAUGGAUGUGCAUGUUCGGUGACAUUGAGGUUCCUCUUCAAAUCAUUCAAGAAGGUGUCAUUCGUUGUGAGUGUCCUCCCCACCAUCCCGGAAAGGUCACUCUCUGCAUUACUUCUGGCAAUCGGGAGUCCUGCAGUGAGAUCAGAGGCUUUGAGUACCGAGCUAAGGAUAGUAGUUGUGCUCACUGUAUCUUAUCCCAGACAGAAGCUACUAAGAGUCCAGAUGAGCUAUUGUUACUUUUCAGAUUUGUGCAGAUGCUUCUGUCUGAUUAUUCUUUGCAGAGAGGAGACUCUGUAGAAAUGGGAAUUCAUCUUCUGAGAGAAUUGAAGGCUGAUGAUGAUACAUGGGGUGAUAUCAUAGAGGCUCUCUUAGUUGGCAGUGGAACUUCAUCCAUGACAGUCGAUUGGCUUCUGCAACAACUUCUGAAUGACAAGCUGCAGCAGUGGCUUUCCUCCAAGUCUCAGGAAGGACAUGAUCAACCUGGGUGUUCAUUUUCCAAGAAAGAGCAAGGGAUCAUUCACAUGGUUGCUGGGUUAGGCUUUGAGUGGGCCUUAAGCCCAAUUCUCAGUCAUGGAGUCAGUAUAAAUUUCCGUGACAUUAAUGGGUGGACCGCUCUCCACUGGGCUGCUCAUUUUGGAAGGGAAAAAAUGGUUGCUUCCCUUUUAGCUUCUGGUGCAUCAGCUGGGGCUGUGACUGAUCCUAGUCCACAAGAUCCAAUUGGCAAAACCCCAGCAUCCAUUGCUGCCACCAGUGGGCACAUGGGACUUGCAGGUUAUCUUUCAGAGGUGGCACUAACUAGCCAUCUUUCAUCUCUCAGACUGGAGGAAAGUCAGCUUUCUAUAGGCUCUGCUGAGGUUCAAGCUGAAAGAACUUUAGAUAGCAUCUCAAAGGAGAGCUUUGCUGCCACUGAAGAUCAGAUUUUACUUAAAGAUACCUUGGCUGCGGCACGGAAUGCAGCUCUGGCAGCUGCACGAAUACAAUCUGCUUUUCGUGCACAUUCUUUCAGAAAGCGAUUACAGAGAGAAGCUACUAGUUUAGAUGAGUAUGGUAUCUGUGCUGGUGAAAUUCAAGGGCUUUCGUCUAUGUCAAAGCUGGCCUUUCGUAAUAAUUCCCAUGUCAUUAAUUCAGCUGCAUUAUCCAUUCAGAAGAAAUAUCGAGGAUGGAAAAGUCGCAGGGAUUUUCUAGCACUUAGACAGAAAGUUGUGAAGAUACAGGCUCAUGUGAGAGGCUAUCAGAUUAGGAGGAACUACAAGAUAAUAUGCUGGGCUGUUGGAAUUCUAGAUAAGGCAGUAUUGCGGUGGCGACGCAAAGGAAUCGGUUUGCGAGGUUUCCGGAAUGUGAUGGAAUCCAUUGAUGAAAGUGAAGAUGAAGAUAUUCUCAAGAUUUUCCGCAAACAGAAAGUGGAUGGAGCUAUUAAUGAGGCUGUCUCACGUGUGCUAUCAAUGGUUAAGUCUCCAGAUGCACGUCAGCAAUAUCAUCGGACGCUGAAACAAUACCGCCAAGCUAAGGCGGAACUUGGUGGCACCAGUGAACCAGCAGCAUCCACUUCUCUGGCUGAUGCGACUGAGAUGGAAAAUGAUCUUGUACCAUUUCAAGUAGAAGCAACUUCUGAUGUACUGUACUUACCGAUGUUCACUCUAGUUGACUGAUCUUAAGUUUGGAUUGGAGGGUUCUGGAUUCAACCGUGUAUAAUGGCUUUUGCAUUCACAAUAGUCUUUAGAAUGAUUAGCGCAUUAUCCCAUGUUGAUUGGUUAGAUGCUGCUUGUAAGAGCUGUAAAUGGUCUCUGGUGAGUUUGAUGUAGUUUCUAUUUUCUCUUGUAAACCAACAUAAAUUCUUCAAUAUGUAAAGUCAUAAAUCUAACCCUAUUAUACAUGCAUGACCGUGUUGAUAGUCCU